CAACCACGCAAAAGGUGGAAUUUUCUCCGGUUAUCUUCUCUUCUCAACACUUUGGUAGAAGUCGAUUUUAUCGGUUGACCCGACACAAAAUACUUGAAUCUCGCGGAGUUUCAUACUAGAUUCGCCGAUCGUUGCAUUUCACUAUAUCACAGAUCUGGAGUGUCAGUACAGGAACUUAAUCGAUUGCACAGAAAACCCCAGGAUGCUUAACGACAGGCAGCGUAAAAGAAAGAAGACGGAGGCCGUAGUAAUAACGUUGGAGGAGACGGUCCGUAGCAUCGGAAGUUGUUGGCGAGGAUGAUGUGGUUUCUCCUCGCUUCUCACCUGCAACAAUGUCACAUCUCACUUCAGUUCACUAAGCGAUGAAUCAUGUGGAGUCGACCCUUAGGAAUCGUGGUAAUUUAUCUGGCACCAAUGGUCAAAUAGAUCAAGUUGAGGGGCUAAGCGACAGGGCGAGUUUGGGGAGAUCUGAAAUUGAAAGAGAUCUUAGUUCGCGAUUUGAUUCAAACAGAAAAUCAGAUUCUUCAAAAGAGAUUGGAGAUUCGGAUGAUCUUGUGAACGGAGUCCAGUGUCAUAGUUUUGCAGAAGAAAGGCUAGGAUUGCCAAAGAAGUGGAAAAGAGUCUUGUGGAAGGCAUGUGUUUAUCUCAUCACUUUAGGAAUGCUGAUAUCUUUGUUGGCCGGCCUGAAUAUGUCGUGGACUGCAAUCACAGCUGCACUCGCCUUCGUUGUUCUCGAUUCUAAGGACGCCAGGCCUAGUCUGGAAAAGGUGUCGUAUUCUUUUGUCCACCACUCCCACCAUCUGCGAAAAUAACGUCUUAAAUACAAGCACAUUUUACAACCAAUAAAUGAGGAUUAAUGAAAUGGAUACAGCUAUACCACUGGGACUUCCAUCGUGACUGAGCUUACGAUGUCCCUUAGUAGCCAUCCGAAAUAAUAGACCCGGGAGGCUGAUUCUAACCGGCUGGGGGUGAUGCGAUAAUGGGAUGCGAUAUAUGGAGGAACUGAUAUGGAGAUGGCGCGAACACCAAAUUUUAUGCGCGCCAAGAACCAGAUGAUUAAGGAUGGCCGAGGGGUUAAAUGUCUUUUCAUUUUGUAAAGUAGGGGCAAGGAUGUCUCCACAGUAAUUUAUACAAAUAAUGAGCAUAGUCUAAUAUGGCUACCAGUCAUUGUAAAAACUACUCCCUCCGUCCCGGCUAAGAUGACACGUUGCUUAGCCGGCACGAGAUUUUAGGAUUUAUU